AUGUCUACAUUACAACAAACAAAACCGCAAACCAAAACUUCAAUUACCGUUGAACAAUCUCAAAAAUUGCUACAAACAUUACUAACAAUGUCAUUUGGGUGUUUAGCAUAUUUAAGAGGAUUAUUUCCAGAUGAUAAUUUUGUAGAUCAAAAAUUUAUACCUGAAAAAAUAUCCGCUGUUUACAAAGAUGGUACUAAAAAACAAAUGUCUUCAAUUAAAGUUAAAACGUUAUUAAGGGGCAAGUCGAAAGAAAGUGACAUAUUUUUAGAUUGGAUUGAAAAAAGCGUCUUCAAAUGCUUGAAAUUAAAGUAUUUAAAGGGAAUAAGCUUAGGGAUUUUUCUUGAUAAGGAAAACCCAGAAGAUCUAAUUGAAAAUUAUUUGUUCUCCUUUGGAUACAGUGAUAAGGAAAAUGCUAUAUCACUAAAAAUCAACAAUGUUGAUCAAGUUAAAUUAGGCUUAUUGGAUGUGAGAAAAGCAAUUCAACAAUUAAUGAGAAGAUUUAUUAUUUUGACCCAAUCAUUGGAUCCAUUACCAGAUAAAAAAUAUCUUUCAAUGCGUUUAUUAUUCAACGAUAAUUGUCCAGUGGAUUUUCAGCCAGAUUUUUUCAAAGAUGCUUCCUUUGAUUCAGUUGUACCAAAGAUUGGAAUCAGCACAAAAAAUAAAUUAAACAUUGGAAAAAUAGAUACCUCGCAACAUAAAGUGGCCUUACAGGUUUUAUCAACAAUUAAUGAAAACGAUCUCUUGGUUAAAAAAAUCGAUCCCUUCGAUCUUUUAAACGAUUUUGAUAAUAAUGAUAAUAAUAAUAGUAAUAAUAAUAAUAGUAAUAAUAAUGAUAAUGACGAUAAUGCUGGUAGUAUUAGCAAUGACAUAGAAAACAAAAGUAUUGAGUAUAAUAACAACGGCAGUAGUACUAAUAAUAUUGCCAAUUUCCAUUCUAAAACUUUGGAGAGUCAAACUACAACUAAGCUACAUGAGUAUUUAAGACCUAACGUUUCAUUAACCAAUAAUUUCUAUUCUCAAACGCAAGCCGCAUACAAUACAACAGAGAUAGAAUGCGAAUGUACUUUCCAAACACAGGAGCACAGAACUAUUACCUGCAAAUCAUGUAAAAAAACUGUUCAUGCUACAUGCUAUGGAAAUUAUUCUGGAAAAAAUAUACCUGCCUGUGUGAGUUGUAUCAGUAAAAAUAAUGAUAGAAACAUUGCUAUAAAUGGUGACGACACAAAAUUGUUGUUUUUACUUAGAAAAACGUAUAGAUAUAUUUUGAAAAAUAAAAUGGCCAUGCCUAAAUCCGUUGGAGCAUUGUGUGUGGAAAUCGUAGGUGACUCAAGAAAUGAACAAAAUAAUAUUGAGUUUUUUCUUCAAGCUAUUAAAAUCAUGUUUUUAGAUGGAAUAUUCCAUAUUGACGUCAAAAGAAGAGUUAACGGCGCAGGGAAAAAACUAAGAAGUUCCGAUUAUGUCUUGAUUGAUAUCCCAAAUAUUUAUGUUCCGAAUUAUGGUGAGUUAAUUGUUGGUAAAGAAUAUGUUUGGAGUUUUAAUAGUGUUAAUACUGUUAAAAACCGCGAGAUCUACAAUAAUAUCCAUAUAUCGAAUAUAAAAGAGUUGGAACAGAUGCUUCAAUACGUUAAGGAAAGAAUAAUUGUGCUAAAUUCUCCAGUUUCAAAAGCUGAAGAAAAAUUAAGUAGAUUGGCAAUUGAUGGUAAGUUUCAUGAUGAAGACUUUACUGCCAAAAACUCAUCAAAAAAAAGAGAUUAUGCUGAGCACAAAAGGAGCACAGAACUUGAUCCGAUUGUUAGUGAUACUUUAAAUGGUGACGAUGAUUUCAGGACUCUGAUGAGUGAAGGUUCUGCGCUGAAUGAAAACCCUGUAAUAAAAAGACAUAAAAUAAGUUCUUCUGAAAAAACAUUGGAAAGCUUAUCGUAA